ACGUCAAACCAGUUACUAUUGAGACGCGGUUGCUCGCGAACGCAAACUAUACGCGCUCGAUUUUUUUAAUGUAUUUUUGUUUUUUGUUCAUUCUAUAAUAAAACAUCAGUAUCGUGAAAAGUGUAAUUUUAAUGCACUUUUAAUUCCCUUUUUAACAGCAACAUAUCGAUCAAUUAUUGGUUAAAUGGCGUAAUUUGGUAAUUGAUUUGGCCGGGGCAAGUUGUUAUUUUUGGCCAAUCGUAUCGGUCCGUUUUAUCGUUUGAAUAAAAUAAAUUAUCUGUAACGCGGUUUCUUUUGUUUUGCCAUGGUUCAGUUCUCAGUUGGCCACUCCACAGUUUAAGUUGCUCGUUUAGCAUCAGUGCAUACGGUGGAUUUUGAGUACGGUUGUACUUGACUCAGAUUUUCAAGACAAAGCUUUUUUAGAACUAUCACAAGUGUUGAAAUAGUUUUUUUUUGAGAAUAUUGAUCGGUUCAUUGCAGUAUUACCAUGAAAAUAUCCAGUGCUUAGAGAAGAUGAAAAUUUUCAAAAUAAGAAAAAAAUAUUAACUUUUGCUAAAUAAAGUUAAUACACGUAUAUUCUCCUAACGCCGCCCAAACAACUAACUCAAAAUGCCGUCAGUAGUAUCAAAGUUCCUAGAAAAGAGUGAGCAAACGUUCGUCAAGAACCAGUCGCUUUUAUCCAGUGUCGUUAUUGGUGCAGCACUGGCAACCUAUGCCUAUAAAGUUGGUUAUCCAUUAGUGGAAAGUCUGAUCCACAAGCCAAACAAAGAGGAUAGCAAUCUAAAUAAUAAUCUAGUCAAAAACGGGGUUAGUAAACCGCAACAAAACGGCUUUAGUAAAAAGCAAAAUGGCGUGGUGCAGACUCAUGGAGAUCCUAAAAUUGAGUCUGCUAUUACUAAGAGGAAACUGAUCAGUGGGAUACCGAAUUUCAAUUUGGCCUUUAUAUUUCAGUUCAUUAAAUUGGUAAGGAUAAUGAUUCCUAGUCCGUUUUGUACGGAAACGGCACUGUUAAGCGGUCACACGAUGUUCUUAUUGCUAAGGACGUUUCUUAGUAUUUACGUAGCUAAUUUAGAGGGUGCUAUAGUUAAAUUUAUAGUGAAAAAAGACCCCAACAACUUUAUUAAGCAGCUGAUGAAAUGGUUCGCAGUAGCUAUACCAGCUACUUUUAUAAAUAGUAUGAUUAGAUAUUUAGAAAGCAGAAUAGCUUUAAGUUUUCGUUCAAGACUGGUAGAACAUUCAUAUAAACUCUACUUCAAAAACCAGAGCUACUAUAGAGUAACAGUGCUGGAUGGUAGGUUAGAUAAUUGCGCGCAGCGACUUACAGAUGAUAUUGAAACUGUCGCAAGCACAGUUUCGCACCUUUACGGACAAAUAACGAAACCGUGUUUCGACAUUCUACUGAUGGCCGUUGCCUUAGCCAAUUUGGUGAAGUCUAGGAAUUCCAAUUUACUUGCUGGACCAGUUAUUAUAAGCGGAGUAGUAGUUGUUUCUGCGUUAUUAUUAAGGCUGGUCUCUCCAAGAUUUGGACAUCUAGUGGCUCUAGAGGCUGAAAAGAAAGGCUACCUACGUCACGUCCAUGGACGUAUCGUUCAAAAUGCUGAAGAAAUUGCCUUCUAUAAUGGACAUAAAGUUGAACAGAGUCACCUUCGGAGCGCCUACAGAAUCUUAACCCAACAUUUAGAACACAUGUUUGCCGUAAAACUGUGGUUCGUUAUGCUUGAACAAUUUUUGAUGAAGUAUGUGUGGUCUGGAACUGGUAUGAUUGUGGUAUCCCUUCCUGUCUUUUUACCGCAAGUGAUCACAUCAGCUAAACCAAAGAAGCGAAAACUUUUACCUUUACCAUUGCCAGACUCCGGUUCAAUAGAAAUAUCUGCAGAUCCGAAUGUGGAAGUCGGAAAUACUGAUGGAGUGAGCGACUCUGUUUCGGAGAGAACUCAUUACUUUACUACUGCAAAAAAUCUUCUGCUUACUGGCUCAAAUGCUGUCGAGAGGCUUAUGAGUAGUUACAAAGAUAUUGUGGAACUGGCAGGUCAUACCGCACGUGUGGCCAACAUGUUCACUGUUCUCGAAGAGGCCAGCCAUGGAGUUUAUCAUAAAACUGUCGUAGCUAAAAAGGAAAAAACUGGCGACUUCGAGGUUGAGUUUAACGGAGACCAACCCGUGGCUAAAGGCAAAGUUCAUCCUUCGACAAAUUUCGAAAUCAUUUUGAAAAAUGUUCCAAUUGUGACGCCCAACUGUGACGUAGUAUGUCCCUCAUUAAGUUUCCAGUUAAAACCAGGACAACAUCUGCUUAUAACUGGGCCCAAUGGCUGUGGUAAAUCAAGUUUAUUCCGCAUUUUGAGCGGUUUAUGGCCUGUUUACGGUGGUGAGCUCACCACACCGAAAAAUUCGAUGUUCUAUAUUCCUCAGAGACCAUAUAUGGUGAUAGGUAACCUAAGAGACCAAAUUAUCUAUCCAGACACCUACGCGGAUAUGAUCAAUAAGCAAGUGACUGAAGAUGAUCUUAGAAGAAUCAUGCGGCUGGUUCAUCUGGAACACAUAGUUGAAAGGGACACUUUCCAUGAAAUUAAGGACUGGACUGAUAUAUUGUCUGGUGGAGAAAAGCAAAGGAUGGCGGUUGCCAGGUUGUUUUAUCAUAAACCCAAAUAUGCGCUUCUGGACGAGUGCACUUCAGCGGUUUCAAUCGACGUCGAGAGUCAAAUGUACCAAUCAGCCAUUGAUAUGGGAAUCACACUUUUAACUAUUACACACAGGCCGACAUUAUGGAAAUUCCACAGUCAUAUUUUACAAUUCGACGGACAAGGCUACUGGGAAUUUUCAGAACUGAACUGCACCAGCCGACUAGACUUAAAGAAAGAGAAAGAUUUACUUUUGGAACAACCAAAGAGUGAAGAACGCGACAAAAGGUUAAAAGAAAUUAAUAUGGAACUUGGAGAAGACGAUACUUCUUUAUAAUUAAGAGAAAAGCCUUGCUAAACCAAUACAGAUUUUACCUGAAGCCUCUCAUUAGAGAGGUUUAGGGUGCGUUUAAUCUUUUAACUAUUCCAUCCUUUAUUAUUUGUUUGUAUAUAUAUGAUAUAAUAGUUAUAAAGCAAUAUAAAAAGAACAUUUUACAACUUUAUAUUACAACAAACUGUACAUAACAUGAGUAUGUAGUUAUUUACUGAACAAGACCAGGUAUCAAUUAUAAAUUCAACUUGCCAGUAACAUUUUUUGGAUUAAGUAUUUAUAAAUAGUUAUAGGUUAUUGAUCAGUAAUUUGUGAUUAAAAAAUAUAACAGGCGAGUGAUAAUUUUAAGUUUAUUUCCGAGCAUAUUACUAUGUUAUUUUUAAAAUACUUUUGAAAUAAUAAUUAAGAACUACUUGUGAUUUAUUGGGUAAAUAUAAAGUUGUUAUUCGUGUACUGUCUUUUAUAGUAUCAAAAAGUUGUGAUUCUUUGUUUUUAGUCAUAUACUCUUAUUUUUAACAAAUCAAAUAUAUUAUGUAGAAAAUUCUUAAGGAAAAAUUAUUAAAUGUAUUAUUAUUAAA